AAAAUAAAAGCGUCCUCAACGUGGCUCCAGUGCAGCAGCAGCAGCAGAGCCAGCCGGUAGUCAGCAUCUAAGAGCGGAACAUACACGAAAAAAAAACCAACACCCACACAGUUGUCCAGAGCGAAUUACACGCGAAUCUCAAAGAUGACCACCUACUUCAACUAUCCCAGCAAGGAGCUGCAGGAGGAGCUCAAGAGCAUUGCCCAGAAGAUUGUUGCCCCCGGCAAGGGCAUCCUCGCCGCCGAUGAGUCCGUCUCGACGAUGGGCAAGCGCCUGAGCGACAUUGGAGUGGAGAACACCGAAGAGCAUCGUCGUGCCUAUCGCCAGCUGCUGUUCACCGCCGAUGAUAAGCUCGCGGAGAACAUCUCCGGCGUGAUUCUGUUCGAUGAGACGGUUUACCAGAAGGCCGAUGACGGCACCAGCUUCAUCCAGCUGUUGAGGAAGAAGGGCAUCAUUCCCGGCAUCAAGGUCGACACCGGCGUUGUCCCACUGAUGGGCUCCGAGGACGAAUCGACCACCCAGGGCUUGGAUGAUCUGGCCAAGCGUUGCGCCAAGUACAAGAAGGAGGGAUGCGAUUUCGCCAAGUGGCGUUGCGUCCUCAAGAUUGGCAAGAACACCCCCUCUUACCAGUCCAUUCUCGAGAACGCCAAUGUGCUGGCCCGCUACGCCUCCAUCUGCCAGUCGGAGCGCAUCGUUCCCAUUGUGGAGCCCGAGGUGCUGCCCGAUGGUGAGCACGAUCUGGUUCGCGCCCAGAAGGUGACCGAAACCGUUCUCGCUGCCGUCUACAAGGCCCUCAGCGAUCACCAUGUCUUCUUGGAGGGCACCCUACUCAAGCCCAACAUGGUCACAGCCGGCCAGAGCGCCAAGAAGAACACCCCCGAGGAGAUCGCCCUCGCCACCGUCACGGCUCUCCGCCGCACUGUCCCCUCUGCCGUUCCCGGUGUGACCUUCCUGUCUGGUGGUCAGUCUGAGGAGGAGGCCACCGUCAACUUGAGCGCCAUCAACUCUGUUCCUCUGACCCGCCCAUGGGCCCUGACCUUCUCGUACGGUCGCGCCCUGCAGGCCUCCGUUCUGCGCGCCUGGGGCGGCAAGAAGGAGAACAUUGCCGCCGGCCAGGGCGAGCUUCUCAAGCGCGCCAGGGCUAACGGUGAGGCCUCUUUGGGCAAAUACGUUGCUGGCAGCGCUGGCGCUGGUUCCGGCUCUCUGUUCAUUGCCAACCACGCCUACUAAGGCGGCAGCAGCAGCAGCGCCAACGUAGCAGAUAAUAAAAAACGCAAAUUGCUGGAAAAAUCAUAACUUUUUCCACGCAAUUUUCAUUAUUUAUUUUCUAAGUUACAAACAAGCAAAGAGCUAAAAAGCAUGCAAAAAAAAAAAAACAAAAAAAAAACUAGAAUGUUUGAAAAAAAAAAAAUGAAAAAUUAUGUUUAUUGAGACGCAAAUUUACUUUUAGUUCUAAGCACAAAACAAAACACAUACAAAAAAAAAAAAAAAUGUUGAAGUUAUGCAAAUUAUAUACAUUAUGAUUAUUCUGAUGUUUAUGAAUAUUAUGUAAUUUCAAUGUUCGUAAUUCACUUGCUUGAGCAAUGUCGUAAAUCGUAAAGGCGAGAAAAAUGAUAAAACUAAAACAAAAACAAAAACAAAACAAAACAAACCACUUCAAAGAUUUUAAACAUUGAAAUCAUAUGAGUUUCUUACGUUUCUAUUUAUCCAUAAAUUUUUUGCAAUGUUUGUAUACAAAAAGCAAUGAGAAAAUGUUUUUCUUUUUAUAAUUAUUAUUAUUACACUUUAUAUUUAUGAUUAUUAUUAUAAUUAUAAGUGAAAAAAAUGACGCAAAUAAACAAACACAAUACAAAAUAAUAAUAAAAAACAAAAACCAAAACGAGAAACCAACAACAAA